AUGACCAAACAUGGGAUAUUUGUUGCUAGAUUUAUCAAAAUCUCGCGUAUUAGUACUUUUAGAUACUGGCUUGCUGGUAUAUGGACCCUGCUAGCAUUGGUGAGCGUUGCUAGAUCCAAUGACAUUACUAAUAUGGAAGUCCAGGACGAUUGGCAGACUUCGGAUGGGAUAGCCAAAAUUCUAAGCGCAUGCGGUUUUAAGCUUGAAUUUGGUGAUUAUAGUAGGAGUUUCACAACUACACCCUAUAUUCCUGAACGAACACAGGUGCCAGAUGAGAGAUUUGGAAAAGUUGACUCCAUUCCUAAGUAUGAACUAGAACCUUGGAAUGAUCGAAUUGAGUUUGAGCUGCCUUACUUUCCGAGUGAUAAGGAGGCCAUAGCUGUUUUAGAAGACUUAAGGAAGAUCGCCAUUGUUAGGGUUUCUAUUGCUCUGGUUAGUUAUAAAUCGACUAACCCAGAACUUCACAAAAUCAGCAUGCAAAUUCUAUCACGAGUUGUCAACAUGCUUGACUGUUCAAUCCUGCGGUUUUAUUACACUCCAGACUUGGCAAAGAAAGCCCGAAACCAAGAAGUAGAUGGGGUUCUCUGCAGUAGUGAAGCACAAAACACAAUCAGCCACGCUAAAUACAGAGCGAAAUGUCAUGUUUCCUUUUCCAGUGCUAGUGGCCUUUUAGACGUGAUUAACAGCAAAGUGCGCUUGUUACGGCCAAUUUCAAGUGUUACUUUAUUGGACAGCGAAUUUCAGCACAUUUCAUAUCUUGGCCUGUUGACACUAAAGCCUAACUAUACCCUCUCCAUUGAGAACCUGCCAAAUAAGGCCAAUAUUAAUCUCGCGUCUCUUCCAACUAAGGUUUGCAAGUGCCAAGAGAUCAGUAUCAAGAGUCCCCAAAACAUGAAACUAACAUUAACAGGCUUCAACCAUGCCAAUAACAACUUUCCAAUACUACAUCUAAGUUUGUCUUGGAAGACUUUUGAGUAUCUCGCUACACACAACCCGGCCCAAAUUCAAGGUAGUAUUGUUUUGAGUCUUUCGGUCAGUCCAGAUUCUCAUCAGGAUGUGCUUAAAGGUAAUUAUCAGCCCAUGUCAAAUGGCUAUCAAAUUGCUGUUGAGCUUGUUUAUUUCAGCAUUGACACAAGCAUGCCAUGCGACGUCUUUGGGCAGUAUCGCAGAAUCUACACAAAAGAGUUCUUAUAUAGGUAUGGAGUUGUGGCCAGCAACGUACUGGUAUACUAUGAGCCAGGCCGAAACAACUUUGACAAAACCAUAGCCAGGCUUGGGUUUAUAGGGAAUUUGCCGCAGUCUCUAUUAAAGGAGAUUAGAGAAAGCAAUAUUGUAUGUUGUGGGAACGGCCUCAAUACAAUCGAUUGGACACUCCGACAGCCGGUGGUCAUUCAACUUGACGAUCCCCAAGUACUGUACUGGCUUAAACGGCACAAACAACCGAGCAUCGACAGAUUCUGCCAGCAUAUAUACUACACGUCCCUUAACAUUAGCGGUGGUCAAGCUCCAAGAAAAGGCCAAGUUAAGCGGUGCAUUAGACUCCUCAAUCAUCUAGAAUCCAUUAGAGGCCAAAAGCUAUGCAUUUCGAAUAUUCGUGAUAAGAGAAAAACCAAGGGAAGGUUUGAUUUAGCCACUCUGAAGGCAGAAACAACUAAAUCUCCCCGAUACACCCUUGGCCUCGACACUUUGAUAUUAGACAACGUUGAUGAGGCCAUUAUUUAUAGGAUGUUUGGACGUUAUAAUAUUGUCAAGUUAAAUGAAGUGCAUAUUUUGAACCAGGUAUUUAAGAAUCUGGCUAUCGUUCAGCUUCUUUCCUUCUCACUAGGCCCGAUAGACACAAAGCUUGUGCUCAAUGAUCUGGCUAACCUAAAUGAGAUCGUGCGUUAUAACCGGCGAGAUCGAAUCAAAGGCUUUUCGUUGUUCAAAUACGUGGAAGAUUUCCAGCAGCGCAAUCAAUCAGUGGACAGCCUUCAUCUAAAUAGGUUGGUCCUACAAGUAGAUGACGUUGAUUUUGGUGCACACGACCUAGCCUUAUCUGUAAUUCGAUCCUACGGCAUUGAGCUGCCAAUUACUGUCGCUUUCAAAGAAUAUCUCGCCAAUAGAUCAGUAAUACAGGACGAGAAAGUGGUAAUAAUUCAUAGCAUUACAACCGAAGCUCUAAAAGCCGAUUUACUCUAUUACCAAGCUCAAAAUCCAAUGCAAGCUCAUCUAAUCAAAAACACAAGCAUCACGGAGUUAGUCUUACACUUCAGCAAUGACCAGGUAUUAACGAAAGAGAGCUUAAUAGAAACUAUCCGAUGGACAAUCUGCCGAUUUGAGAAAUUAGCUGCAUUGCGACUGAGAAAUGCCAAUGUGACCGCAAAUAUGCAGAAUGUCUUUGCCUCACACAGAUAUUUAAUCCUUGAUUUAGACUCGCUCAAAAGCAUUCGCAUAGAGGGCGUAGGCCCAAACAACUCGCAUAUUGAACUAUUGCUCCAGCCGCAUCACAAGCAUUUAUUGGCAAAUACCACCAAUACCAACCACAAUUUCACUGCCAUAGCUUCUUCAACGCUCUUCCGCCUUUUCCACCAACUCGAUCAACUCGACCAUCUGGACAAAGCCUUCCCCAAGCAUAUCGGAUCCAGGAUAUGCCCCCUCCAAAUAGUCAUAGAGAACCUCCAGAAGAAAAAGGACUGUCCCAGCGAUAUCCAGUGUGCUUAUUGCCAGAAACCUCUGUGCGAGUCCACGGAAGAAGGACCAAACAAGAAUGGGCAUAUACUCAACGAAGCGGUUGCAUCCAAAGCCUUUUGUUAUCUCAAAUGCGGCCACCUAGCCUGUCAUACAUGUGUGUAUACUACGCUAACUCUGGACAAGCCAAGAACGACGUGUCCUAUGUGUCGACAAACCGGCGUGUUUGAAAAUAUGCAUCAGCUGAUAGGUGUUCCACGAUCUGUAUUUGUUUUUACAGAGACAGACGCCUCCUUACUUAAUGCAGAUCACGAGUGGCUUGAUACUAUGGCACUGAAUGACGGUCAUGUUUAUUUAUACAUCCCUUAUGAAAACAUAGAUGAUCUUUGUAAUGCUGUUAAAAACGGACCAGUUUUUGAUGAAGAUCAUCUCAUUUAUGUUAUUUGA